AUGGACUCGGAGGCGUCCCCGUUGUUGCCAUCCAAUAACCCAGGCAGUGGGCAGGUUCAAGGUCCAACUUUGAACACCUCAAUGUGGCUCUCUGCCGACAACAAUGGGGCUGUCAAGCUCGUAAAUGCCCGUAAUAUCGAGGAGAAUGAUGCAAAAUCGUCGUCUAUCAAGUAUACUCUCGAUGCUCAGAUUAUUCCUUCGACAUCCUCCCGUUCUGUCCAGAAACUCGCGAUAGGGACCCAUGCCGGCAAAGAUUUGGUAGCUAUUGCCCGUGCAGAUGGAUCUACAAGUGUUCACACCACUGAAAAUUUGCGGAGUGGCGAGCUAGUGACAGUCUCACAAUGGCGAGAAUCAAUAAAGAGAUUCAAAACAGACGGAUCCAAUGAGGAUAAUUGGGUUGGGCUCAAUAUACACCCAUUGGGUAUCGUUCAAUCAAAUCAACGAGGCCAAGCUCGUCUCACUGCACUCGAAAAGGACACUAGCGAGGUUUCUGCGUUUCAUUGUAACGUCCCAGUCAAUCUACGCCACUUCGCCGCCACCUCGACUGGUCGCCAUUUCGCCUAUGCUGGAACCGAGGUCAACUUGUCUGUUUGGGACUCGGAAAGGGCGUUUCGUGCGUCGGAAUCGAGCAAUGGAGAGAAGCGACGUCGAGCAGAGAAAGAUCUCUUUCCCGCUGAGCUUUGGAGAGCCAAGAACGUAGCAAACGACAACUUGGAUUUACGCCAACCGGUCAAUAUAUCUUCGUUCACGUUUCUUUCAAGAGAGGAUGCUGGUUCACACCAUAGCAUUGCCGUUGGUAACACACUAGGUGCAGUGCAUCGAUAUGAUACUCGAAGAGGAAAGAAGCCAGUAAGCACUUGGCAAGACGCGAGGAUGAGUGGGGGUGUUUCGGUCGUCGAACGGGGCAUACGGGAACAUGAGCUAUACGUCGCUGACUGCGCAACACAACUAUGGGCGAUAGACAUGCGCAAAGCCAAGGAGCCGCUAUACUCAUAUAAAGGUAUCAGCGGUAAAAUCACUUCAAUCACAGCCUGUCAGUCUGGUGGUUACAUCGCAGCUGGCUCGUUAGACCGAUAUUUUCGACUACUGUCUUCAGCCCCCGCAAACCAAACCUCAGAAAAGGCGCCCCCUACGGCAAUCCUUCCCCUCAGCGGGUCAGACGUCGAGAUUGCAAAGGAGAAACACCAUGAAGAUUCUCAAAUGGACGAAGAUGCAUGGGAAGAGCUUCAACAAGUAAGCAGUGAGGAGGAUGAAGAGGUGCGGAACCCAAAGAAGAAGCGGAGACGCGAUUGA